AAUGGUAAAAGCCCAAUGGGCAGAGAGCAAGUCAGGGCCCAAAUGGAAGGCCCAUUUUGGUUUGGUUUGGUUUGGUCUAUAAAUACAAAUCCUGAAACAAGAGCCGAAACCUCUCAAUCUUGUAAGAAUUAUCAAGAGAGGAAAAAGAUGUGCGGUGGUGCCAUCAUCUCUGAUUUUAUAGAAAAAAAGCGAACUCGGAAACUUACCAAUGAAUCUCUCUGGUCCCACAUCGAUCCUUUCUCCGAUCUCCUUGCUCUCAAUUAUUCCCCUGUGAAGACUGAGGAACCUAAGAAAAGAGACCGAGCUACGGCGGCGGAGGCGGUGGGGGUGGCGGUGGAGAAGACUCCAAAAACUCGGAAGAAUUUAUACAGAGGAAUCCGGCAACGGCCGUGGGGAAAAUGGGCGGCGGAGAUUCGGGACCCACAAAAAGGAGUCCGAGUUUGGCUCGGAACUUUCAACACCGCCGAGGAAGCCGCCAGAGCCUACGAUGAAGCAGCCAAACGGAUCCGAGGAGAAAAGGCCAAGCUCAACUUUGCUCCGGCGCCGCCGUCUUCGCGGCCGUUACCGGCGGCUCAGCUUCAAUCUCCGGUCAAAAAGCGGUGUGUUGUCCCCGAGUCGACUCGGGGUGGCUUCAACACCACCGGUCCGCCUCCGUGUGACAGCGACGAAUUUUACUACGGCCAGGAAUUGGCGAGCUUGAGAUCCUUCUUGGGUCUGGAUUGCGAGGAGCAACAACCGUGUCAACUCAGUGGAAAUGGCGAGUUGGAGCCAGUUGAUGUAGGCUUUUGGAUGAUGGACGACAUGUCGAUGAAUGAGCAGAAAUUCAGUCAGCUGGUGUGAGUGUGAGUCAGAUUUGACUGUUUGUUCCGACGUGUCGUUUAUUGCUAUGUAGGUGUGUAAUAUUUUAAUGUUUUUGUUUGAACUUUGAAGUGUGUAGCUUGUAGAUAUAAUGGAGAUUCAAUAAGGGGUUGCCAUAUGCUAUGUUUUUGUUAUACUUUGGAACGACAUGUCGGUUCGUGUAUCAGAUCGGACUGCUUAUAUCUUUAUUUUUAAUAUUCACCGCUCUGUAGUUUUAUUAUUAUUUUAUUUCACUCCAAUAGCUUUGUAUUU